AUGACGUUACAGGCCCACGUUCAGGUCUCAGCGCAGCGACAGGUCAAAGAUCUUGCGGAGACGAUCCUGGUACACCGUAUCGUGCCGCAACAUGGUGGUGAUCUAUGGAGAAAGCGGGUGCACGUGCCCCUCGAUAGCUUGCGGGGAGUUAAACCCAAUCAACAAAGCAAGCAGCCAGUGAUAUCAUUUGUCUCGCCUCUAAUUUCGGUUCGACAUAGUGUAAAGGUGAAGUUUGGUCUUGAGGCAGGCAUAAAGGUGCGAAGUGUGACGGCAGGGGAGAUACCAAUUAUUCUUCACGCAGCCGAUGCGGGUGUUCAAAGGGAGGUGAUGGCGUAUGCCGUGGAUGCUGUUCGCUCUGGAGACGUACAGAGAAGAAACAGGGUUGUGGAGCUGUGGAGGGAUGCAGGUGGAAUUGGCGGAGUGGGGUUACCCGUCCGAAGAGCCAUGACGUGGUAG